AUGCCUGAUCGCCACACAAUUUCUAAAGUUCUUAUUCCAGCCAAAUAUCAGAAAUGUGUGAAUGACACAAAAGAACUCCUAAGAAACGAAGCUAUAAGUGGCUGUCUUACAACUGAUUGCUGGACUUCUAGAAGCAAUAUAGCAUAUAUAUCCCUAACAUACCAUUUCAUUAACACUAAUUUUGAACUAAAAUCAGUAUUGUUAGGCUGCUAUGAGUUUUCUGAGAAUCAUUCUGGUCUUAACUUAUGCAAAACAAUACAAAAAACUUUAGAUGAAUGGGAAAUAUUAAAUAGCACAAUUGUCUUAGCUGUGUCGAAUAAUGCCAGCAAUAUAAAAAACGCAUUAAGUUUAUUAUAA